AUGGGCAUAUGCAUGUCCAGUGGUGUUAUACGGGACUUUGCAGGACCCUACUUCGUAUCUGAGGACCACAUGGCCUUUGGUCGGCCUACAAAGUACUGGAUGCUGGAUCCCAGCAAAGCCAGAGACGGAGUGCAGGGCUGGGACAGGGGCGUUACAGAAGGCUCCGAGGAGUACAGAGGUCACAUGCACAAUCUGUUCUGCGACAACUGCCACUCGCACGUGGCCCGCUGCCUCAACCUGAUGCAGUAUGGUAGCAGCACACGGUGGAACAUGGUCAAACUGGCAGUUAUGAUGCCGCUGCACGCCAAAUACGUCAGGGGUGGAACAGAGUACAUGGGUUUCGGAGCAGUCUUGGGAGCAGGAAAAAGUGCCCUUUGUAGCAGCCAGAAAGACGUUUUGUAG